AUGUCUUCUUCACAUAUGAAGAUAACCCUUGAAAGCUCAAAGCUACAAAGUGAAUCUCAUAAAAAUGUCCUCUCCCUCUUGACCGAGAAAGAUCUUAUAAGUAGUCAUCUUUCAAACCAAAAGGAAAUAACCGAGAAAGCCAAAUGGUCCACUAAACAAGAUAUAAAGCGUCUACACAAGAUGGCAAUUGAGGAAGCGAUAGCAACGCGCACUCGAGUUAUGCAAAAUUGA